AACAAAACUCUCUCUCUCUCUCUCUCUCUCUCUCUCUCCCUCUCUCUCUCUGAGCUCUGUACUCUGUGAUUCUUGAGCAGCAAGGAAAUGGCGUCAGAGGCGUCAGACGCAAGAACCCCAAUGCCGCCGCCACCACCACCACCAAAACCACCGCUACUGCGGCUACCGCUACCGCCGGUUGAUCCUCUGCAGAAGGUCUCGCUGUAUGUGGGUGACCUGGACCCACAGGUCACGGAAGAUGACCUCCUCGGAACGUUUCGUUUCAUCGGCCCCAUUGCCUCAGUUCGCCUCUGCCGUAACGCUCACUCAGGCGAGUCCCUUCGCUACGCCUACGUCAACUUCUACUCUCACUCCCAUGCAUCCAAGGCUAUGGCUUGUCUGAAUCACACUGAAUUGAAGGGGAAAACCAUGAGAAUAAUGUGGUCUCAAAGGGAUGCUCUUCCAAGAAAAACUGGUAUUGCCAAUAUCUUUGUGAAGAACCUUGACACUUCAGUCACCAGCACUCAGUUGCAGGACAUGUUUGGCGAUUUUGGGACUAUACUCUCUUGCAAGGUAGCUGAAGAAAAUGGGAAGAGUAAGGGUUUUGGGUUCGUCCAGUUUGACACAGAGGAUUCAGCUAUGGCUGCUGUCAGUGCUCUGAAUGAUACUGUUAUUAUGGGGAAGAAUUUAUAUGUGUCAAAAUUUGUCAAGAAAAGUGAGAGGCUAUCAGAAUUUACAAAUCUGUAUGUGAAAAAUCUGGACGAAGAUGUAACUGAGGAUCUGCUUGAAGAGAAGUUCUCUCUGUAUGGAAGGGUUGACAGUCUUGCCAUCAUGAAGGAUGCCAACGGGAAGUCAAGGGGUUUUGGGUUUGUUAAUUUUGAGUCACCAGAAGAGGCUAAGAAGGCGAUUGAGGCCAUGAAUGGUGCACUGCUGGGAACAAAACAUUUGUUUGUAGGAAGGGCUCAAAAGAAAGCUGAGAGGGAAAAGCUUCUAAAUUGUAAAAAUGAGAUGCUCAACAGUCCGAUUGAGAAACUUAUUAGGUCUUCGAAUCUCUAUGUUAAGAAUUUAGCUGAAUAUGUUGACAAUAAAAAAUUAGAAAAGCACUUUAGUGCCUUUGGGAAGAUAGAAUCGGUUAAAGUGAUGUGCUAUGAUAACGGGAGGAGCAAAGGAUUUGGCUUUGUUUGUUUCUCAACUCCUGAAGAAGCUGUAAAGGCUCUCAAUACUCUUAAUGGAACCAUUUUCGAAGGCAGAAAACUGUAUGUGGCUGUAGCUCAACGCAAAGAAGAUCGCUGCAGAGAUCUGCAAAAUUACUUUUAUCAUCAAUUGCCACAAAGAUCUUUCCAACCUCCAAACUGGACUAUCCUCCCCCCACUCCAGUACAGCGUUUCCCCUAGCCCUCCUAUGUCUCCUCCGCUACACCAACCGGUCAUGUAUCAAACUUUUGGUACUAACGUUGAUGCACAGCAUCCUUUGGUGUCACAAAACUUCUCAUGGAUUCCAUCCAGACAAGCACAGUGGGGGGGUAGCACCAGGAAUGAGAAUUUCCAAAAGAAUUCGAGGACAUAUGCUAAGUGUAAUGUUCAUGCCCAAGAUAUGAACUCUGUGAUUCAUGGAGGUCAUGAAGCUGGCAACAGGAAGAAGGGUUACAAACAGAGUGGACCCACGGGAUGUUCAAGAUCAGCAGCUACAGGAAGCAGAGCUGAGAACUCCAAAACAACUUCAAGGGCUCGUCACCACCCUCUUUCUGAGAAUCUUGAGCGUGCGCAUGCAGCACAGAUAACAAGAACGUCAGAAAUGCUGUUGGAGAUGAACAACUCUGUCAAAGAAGCUCAAGUUUUGAAGGUGGCAAAUGGUAGUAGGACUAGUGCAGAUCAUCGCCCUGUUUUUGCAAAGUGCCGCUCUUACUUGACCUGAAAACUGGUGGCAUUUUACCUUUGCUAUAUGUCUUGUUACUUACUAGUUCAGUUUCUGUCAAAGCAUUUCGUUCUCUCUGCGUGUAAUUUGGAAAAGAUGCUGUACAAUUGAUUGCUUCUGUAAAUCUCUUCAGUAAGGCGAGACCAGCACUUAGACUCUUCAGUACUAAUCAAUUUGAAUAUAACGUUUAGCCUUU